GUAUUCGAUUGAAAUUUGAAGGAAUGAAAAUAUGUACAAAAUUCUAACAGAAUUUUUGUUAAAAUAGUACUAAUGAAAUGAUUAAAGUAUGAAAAUAUGUAAAAAAUUCUAACCAACACCACGUUAGAAUACAAAAUUCAUUUCAUUCUCUCUCAAUUCCAUUCCACCCAAAUGAAUACAACCUAAGUACGUAAAUUAACAAGUAAUGGCUUAAUAAAUAUAACCAAACGGGAGGAACCAUCAACUCAAGUGAAGUGCAUUUGUUCUAUAUGUAAUUUUUGCCUCGGAAUCUCUUUCAUGUAAUGUUAACGAGAUGAGAGCUCAGCUUGAGGUUGGACAUUACGCCAGGACUUAUGGCAUCACCAAUCAUAUGGUUAGAAAUGCAUUACAUGGUUUGGAAGUCUGAGUUUGCUGCUGCAACAGGGAGGAUGUGUUAAAUUAUCAAUUUCCUUAAAAUUGUGUUAAGAGUAGAGUUUACCGGUAAAAUCGUGUUAAGAGGAGGGUUCAGCGAGAUGAUACAGGAUAUCGUCACCCUAAUCUAUUCAGGGCCACUUACAGGAGUGGGACGGCACAAUAUAUCCGUUGACAACAAGAAAAAAAAUUCAACCAGUGUGAAUGCCGUAGAUUUUGAUCACCUUGUACUCGUAAAAAUAUACUCAUAUGAUUACCAAGAUAAAAAGAUAGCAUUUGGACAUAAACAAUAGCCGACCCACUUUAUCCUCCUCGUACAAGGUAAAAGACGUCAACUUAUUUAAAUGACCAACAAUCUAGCAUUAUAACACUCUCAAGUAAGUGAGAAGAAGAUAAUGAUAAUGUAUUUAGUUGGAUUAAUCUUUGCCAAAAUGCAGUAAAGAACAUCUUAAGUGCGCCAGAGUCGAUGGUAAUCCUAUGCUAAUUAAGAUUAACCAGUUUCAUGCAUGAAUCUCUUAUACUUAGUGCGGUAAUUUUUGUUAAUCGAAUGAUAAAAUGCACUUCAAUACGUUUGUUUGAGAAGUCAAACCCCUCCUUUUGCUGCCACUUAGUAGCGAUUAGCGAUCAUGCUUAGCUAAACAAACACGAAAAACCAAAAGCUCUUCUGCGCACUGAAAACAUGAUCGAGAGGCCAAUAUCUGAAUCAACAAGCACCUGUUCUUCGCUAUAUAUACAUGUAGUAACUAAUGGCUUAACCAUAUAAUCAGGAAGUAGAAGGCAACUACUUGAACAGAAAAAAUGACUUCUCUCUACAUAACCAGUGUUUUCGUCGUUUUGGUAUUGGUUUCGUAUAAUGUCCAGGAACUGAAAGCUCAGCUUCAGGUUGGAUAUUAUGGCGCUAGUUGUGGCAUGGCCGAGUACAUUGUCAAAGACGAGGUGAGAAACGCCUUUUACAGAGACCCAGGACUUGCUGCUGGUCUUGUUAGGCUCCAUUUUCAUGACUGUUUUGUCAGGGGCUGUGAUGGAUCAGUGCUGAUAGACUCGACGGCAUCAAACAGUGCUGAAAAGGACUCACCAGCAAACAAUCCUAGUCUUAGAGGAUAUGAAGUGAUUGACAAUGCAAAGGCUAGGCUCGAGGCAGUAUGCAGAGGAGUUGUCUCAUGUGCUGAUAUAGUAGCAUUUGCUGCACGCGAUAGUGUAGAAAUGACCGGAGGGCUUGGUUAUGACGUACCAGCUGGAAGAAGAGAUGGGAGGGUAUCAUUAGCUUCAGAGGCAUCCAGCAGCCUACCCUCCCCAAUAGACAACCUUAAUCAACUAACUCGAUCUUUUGCAAACCGAGGACUUACCCAAGAAGAGAUGGUUACACUAUCUGGUGCUCACACCAUUGGCCGCUCUCAUUGCACAUCAUUCAGCAACAGACUGUAUAACUACAAUACCACAAGCAUUCAGGACCCAAGCAUAGAUUCACUAUAUGCUCAGCAGCUAAAGCAGCAAUGUCCGCAGAAAAGUCCAGAUAUGGCGAACUUGGUUGUGCCAAUAAAUCCAUCUAGUCCAGCAGUGGCAGACACUGACUACUACAUGGAUGUUUUGGCAAAUAGAGGAUUGCACAACUCGGAUCAAGCUCUAUUGAGCAGCCCAAUGACGGCAAACCAAGUGGCGCAAAAUGCAAUGAAUCCAAGGCUCUGGGGGUCUAAGUUUGCAGCCGCAAUGGUAAAGAUGGGUCAGAUUGGUGUACUAACAGGGAAGGCAGGUGAAAUUAGAGCUACUUGUAGGGUCAUAAAUUAGAACUGGGGGAGGGGAAAGGGGGGUGUCUUGUUAUUGCUGCCGUUAGUGAUCAUGAUAUAAGCUAUAAACAAAUAAUGGUCCACCUUAUCUGGAGUCAAUGAGGAUUCCUCCAUAUGGUUUGUAAGAACUUGUGGUCCUUGUAUAUUAAUGCACUCAAAUUCCCACAAAGCAUUUUAUAUACAACUUAAAGAAUCGGAUAUUAGAGA